UUUCAUUUCCAUUUUCUCAUUCCGAUUCCGAACACGGAUUCCGAUAGCCUUGGAUCGCCGGGAAUCGAAUUCCGACCGAUCGACCGCUGUUCGAGAAUGCGAGGGCACAAUUGGAUCAACUCGUGUCUCCCCGACGAGCUGAUCGUGGAGAUCUUGCGGCGGCUCGACUCCAAGCCGAGCCGCGACGCCUGCUCGCUCGUCUGCAAGCGGUGGCUCGCCCUUGAGCGGCUCAGACGCACCACCCUCCGCGUCGGCGCCACCGGCAGCUCCGACCUCUUCCUCAACCUCCUCGCCGGCCGCUUCUCUAAUGUCCGCAACGUUUACAUUGACGAACGCUUGAGCAUCUCGCUCCCGGUUCAGCGCGGAAAAAGGGGCAGUCGUAGCCAAACUUCGGUUUCCUCUCUUAAUCAAUGUGCCUUUGAGAAAAAUGGGAUUGAAGAUGCUGAAUUUGAAUCGUCUCAUUUUUCCGAUUCGGGGUUAAUUGCACUUGGUGAAGGCUUGCCAAAACUUGAGAAGCUGAGCUUAAUCUGGUGCUCUAACGUGUCAAGUGCUGGCUUAAUUUCCCUGGCAAAUAAGUGCACUUAUUUAAAAUCUUUGGACUUACAGGGUUGCUAUGUUGGAGAUCUGGGUCUAGCAGCUGUUGGAAAGUCAUGUAAGCAGCUUGAAGAUUUGAAUUUGCGGUUUUGCGAGGGCUUGACUGAUAUGGGUUUGGUUGAAUUAGCUAUUAGUUGUGCAAAGUCAUUGAAAUCUCUUGGGAUAGCAGCUUGUGCAAAGAUAACUGAUAUCUCAUUGGAGGCAGUUGGGUUGCACUGCAAAUCUCUUGAGAUCCUGUCGUUGGAUUCAGAGUUCAUGCACAACAAAGGGGUCAUUGCAAUCGCCCAGGGAUGCCCAUGUUUGAGAAUACUGAAGCUACAAUGUAUCAAUGUUACUGAUGAGGCUCUGAAAGCUGUUGGCACUUCUUGUUUGUCUCUAGAGUUAUUGGCUCUGUACAGUUUCCAGAGAUUUACGGAUAAGGGCUUACGCGCUAUUGGGAAUGGAUGCAAGAAGUUAAAAGAUCUUACUCUAAGUGACUGCUACUUUCUGAGUGACAACGGUUUGGAAGCCAUUGCCACUGGCUGCAAGGAACUUACACAUCUCGAAGUUAAUGGGUGCCACAACAUUGGAACUCUGGGGCUGGAACUCAUUGGGAAGUCUUGCCCGCGUCUUACUGAGUUAGCAUUGUUGUACUGCCAAAGAAUAGGCAACACUGCACUUCAUGAGAUCGGAAGAGGUUGCAAGUUCUUACAAUCCCUUGAGUUGGUGGAUUGCUCAAGUAUUGGAGAUGAGGCAAUUUGUAGUAUAGCCGAAGGCUGCAGGAAUUUGAAGAAACUUCAUAUUCGGCGAUGUUAUGAGAUUGGAAACAAGGGAAUUAUGGCUAUUGGAGAGAACUGCAAGUCCCUGACAGAUCUUAGCCUCCGAUUUUGUGAUAGGGUGGGAGACGAGGCACUUGUUGCCAUUGGUGAGUGUAGCUGCCUGCAAUAUCUAAAUGUCAGUGGGUGUCAUCAAAUUGGGGAUGCUGGAAUAAUAGCCAUUGCAAGAGGCUGUCCUGAACUUACGUACCUAGACGUAAGUGUUCUCCAGAAUUUGGGUGAUAUGGCAAUGGCAGAACUAGGAGAAGGCUGUCCAAACCUGAAGGAAAUAGUGCUGUCACACUGCCGUCAAAUAACAGAUGUCGGUAUAUCCCAUCUCGUCAGAAACUGCACUUUGCUUGAAUCCUGCCACAUGGUGUUUUGCCCUGGCGUAACUUCGUCCGCAGUUGCGACGGUGGUUUCCGGUUGUCCAAACAUAAAGAAGUUGCUCGUUGAGAAGUGGAAGGUUAGUCAGAGGACCAAAAGGCGGGCAGGCUCUAUUAUCUCCUAUCUCUGCGCUGACCUUUAAGUUGCUGCUGAACACACCACACGCACACGGGAAAUCGAGAACCAAAUUAUUGUGGCACUUUCAGGAACUGAGGUUUUCUGCUUAUUUUUUUGUAUUUUGGCUUUUUUUAUCCACAGAAGUAUUCAGUUAUUUUGAAGUUGUUGUAAUAAGCAUAGAGAAGUGUAGCAUGUGUUUUUGUAGUGUCAUGAAGUUAAUAGAAUCUGCUGGGAGAAUUUAAAGAAAAA